CGCGUGAGCUGGGUUGUGCCGAGGGCAUAGGAAACUCGCACAAGUCUCUGUCCAGCCCUUGAGAAGUGUGGUCACGAAUGUAGCGCGUUCGGUUGGUGUACCUGUUCCCAAUUUCAGAAUUAAACCACACCGUGGAAUGCAGUGAAAGUACGCAUUAAUUCUACGGGCUAGCAAGAGUAUUAGCUUCUCCAACAGAUAAGCAGAUUGGUUCUACGAGAAUCAGUUCUACAGAUUCAGACACCAGCUUCAAAAGGUCAUCUGCUGGUGUCGAAGAAGUAUUUCGACCCGUGGCAAUUUCGAUAUCUCAUCGGUCAUCGCUGCACCAUAUAGCGAUCACGCAUCAACGUGAUCUUUGACCUGGCAAUCAUCAACAUUCCGUUAACAGACGAUCUCUUUCACCAUGGGGUGCGACUGUGAAUCAUGCAUAGCGAAAACGCUACUGUCCGUGUUCAAUUUUCUUUUCUUCGUUCUAGGCACGAUCGUACUCGGAGUAGGCGUAUGGUUGGCCACAGAUAAGACAUCAUUUAUAGCGUUACUGAAAAUGGUUGAAAAUGAUCAGCUCGAGCAUUUCACACAACCGGCAGUGAUAGAGCAGCUAGCUUAUCUGCUGAUUGUAAUCGGAGCGGUAAUGUUCUUCCUCAGCUUCCUCGGAUACUGUGGAGCGAUACGGGAAAGCCAGUGCCUUCUGACAACGUACGGUCUAUUUGUGCUGGUAAUUCUGGUGGCAGAGGUGACUGCCUUCGGACUGGCCGCCGCAUACAAGGAUCGGGCACGAACCGAAACCAAAAACUACCUCCAGACGACGAUCUCCAACUAUUACACAAGCAACGAUCGCAACCAAACCGAUGCGGUGACGCUAAUGUGGAACUACAUGAUGUCGGAACUGCACUGCUGCGGCGUGGACGACUACCGGGACUUUGCACUGUCGGAGAAGUGGAACGAAAGCAAACGGGAUAAGAUCAUACCGAUGGCCUGCUGUGUACAGACGGCACUGUUCCAGCCGCAGGAUAAAAAUUGUCCCUUCUCUCCCACGGAAACGAACAGUUACUUCAAGAAGGGAUGCUACAAUGCACUCACCGACUGGAUCAUGUACAACCGGAACCUGGUCAUCAUCGUAGCCAUUGCGGUGGGUUUGACGCAACUGCUGGCAAUAUUUUUAGCAUUCUGCCUUUGUAAAUCGAUCGAAAAAUAUCGAGGCAUGCGAUUGUAGACCAUCGCGUGCGUGUAUCCUUAGGUGUGGCAUAAUUCGCAGCCACGGAUGCUGCAGCACAACAUCAUCAUUGGCACACAACUUUUGCAUCACAGACCAGUAACAUGGCGAAUUAUUGUUCGCGCUCAUCAUUCUACGUUGCAGAAGCGACAAACAAAAACAGACGGGAACAUUGCAUCAGCUGCAACGGUAAAGUGCACUUUCGGCGAUAAAGUUAACACAGAAAAUAGUCCGUUUAUAGUGCGAACGCUAUUACUUUUUUUUUCGCCCACAUCAUCAUCCACCAAGAAUCUCUUGAAUUGAUUAAUGUUAAGUCGGAUCUGUAAAAUUACAACCACCGCUGGAUAUCUCUUUUCGCGUUUACGAAAGGUAGAUGAAAUUACCUCCAGUAUAGUAGCAACAUAGUACUACAGAACGCCGUAGUAAACAAAUUUGAUUCAUUCAUUUUCGCCCAAGCCAUUGUUAGACACGAAAUCCUUUUUUGUGGUGAAUUUCGUUUCAGUUAGAAUUUAUACGCGUAUUUAGCCUACUUCUCUUUUCUUCUCGCAUAAAAAGCGAAAUCUCGUUUCUCGAAUUACUGUUUUUUUUCAUUUCUUUUGUUAAGUUACGUGUUUUUAAGUGACGAAAAGUAAAAUAUAACGAUAUAUCGUAAGGGAAAUCUA